CCGGCUUCGUUUACUGAGCACUGUAUCUUCCCUGUCUCUCACAAUCAUAUCCCUCGUCAAUCUUCAUUCGUGCCCAUCAAUCGCAUUUUCCAACGCACCAUCUUCCGCCAAAUAUCAGCAGCAUGGCUUCAAACGGAGUAGCAAACGGUCACGCGAACGGAAGUGUUAAUGGACUUGCCAAAACCCGCACGCCGCUUCGUCAUGGGAUAUAUUCGCCGACUAUGACCUUCUUUGACCCCGAAACCGAGGAUCUCGACCUGCCGACGAUCCGCAAGCAUGCCGUGCGUCUUGCGGAAGCCGGCCUUGUGGGUCUCGUCACGAUGGGAUCAAAUGGCGAGGCUGUGCAUCUGUCCCACGCCGAGAAAACCGCCAUCACAAAGGCAACUCGCGAAGCACUCGACGAAGCGGGCUACCACAACGUCCCUGUCAUCGUUGGAGCCUCUGAGCAGAGCAUCCGUGGAACCAUUGAGCUAUGCAAAGAAUCCGCGGCGGCAGGCGGCGAAUACGUGCUUCUUGUUUCCCCAAGCUAUUACCGGUAUGCCAUGGACGAGGCCGCGCUUUACGAAUACUUCACAAAGGUGGCUGACGGCUCACCACUACCAAUCAUACUCUACAACUACCCAGGCGCAGUUGCUGGCAUCGACCUGGACAGCGACUUCAUCAUCAAGCUAGCAAAGCACCCAAACAUCAUCGGGACCAAGUUCACCUGCGGAAACACUGGGAAGCUCACACGAGUGGCCUUGGCUACCAACGCCCUCACUGCGAAAUCAGAAGGCAGUGGCUAUAUGGCAUUCGGCGGUAUGGCAGACUUCACCGCACAAACGGCUGCCAGCGGAGGCUCGGGCAUCAUAGCUGGGGGCGCCAAUGUCCUUCCAAAGACCUGCGUCAAGGUCUGGAAUCUGUGGGCCGAGGGCAAAUACGACGAAGCUUUGGCGCUGCAGAAAGUACUGAGUAAAGGAGACUGGGUGCUCACUAAGGCGGCCAUCCCAGGCACCAAAUCAGCAAUACAGUCGUACUACGGCUAUGGCGGCUACCCCCGACGUCCGCUGAAGAGGCUGAGCAAGGAGCAGGCUCAGGCAGUGGCAGAGGGCAUCAAGGAGGUCAUGGAGGUUGAAAAAAGUUUAUGAUAUAGCUUACAGUAGUUCUCUGGUUUCCUGCAUCACUUAUCGGUUAAUAAAUAUAGAGCUCCUUUUAGUAUCUGCGACAUCCCUACUUCAGUUUGCAUAGUCGUCCGUUGCGGAUGAGAAAAUUAGUUAAUUGGCUACUGACAUCGUAUUCAUGGACUGCCGCAUCAUUUCCAGCGCUUUUCUUCUCGUCCUCAUGUCAUCAAUGUCCGUGAUAGGGCAUAAUCGAAAACACA